AUGUCGACCAUGCCUGCCACCGCCGGCCACAGCCGGCCAUGCUGCAAUGUUCCUCCCGUCGUGAGCGAGGGAUACAAGCCCAAGGGCACCUAUGAAGAGAUUGGCGGUUACAAAACCUACGUUACCGGUCCAUCCGAUGCGACCAGGGCCAUUGUCGUCAUCUACGACAUCUUUGGCUACUUUGAACAGACCCUCCAGGGUGCUGAUAUCCUAGCUCAUAGCGACAGUGAGCACAAGUACAAGGUCUUGAUUCCCGACUGGUUCAAGGGCAAUCCUGCCGCCAUUGAAUGGUACCCCCCCGACACUCCCGAAAAGGAGGAGAAGCUUGGCGCCUUCUUUGGCAAGUUCCCGCCUCCCGCCACGGCGGCCGCUGUCCCUGCCUAUGUUCAAGCCGUCAAGCGGCAGAAUGCAUCCCUGACCAAGUUUGGUAUUGUCGGUUACUGCUGGGGCGGCAAGGUCGCCACGCUGGCCACCAAGGCGGAGAGCAACCCGUUUGGGGUCAUGGCCUCGGUCCAUCCCGCCAUGAUCGAUCCUGCCGACGCCCAGGGCCUCAACGUCCCCGUGGUCCUGUUGGCUUCCGGCGACGAGCCCGCCGAGGACGUCAAGAAGUUCGAGGAUGCAGCCAAGGUUCCCAAGCACGUCGAGAUUUUUCAAGACCAGAUCCACGGCUGGAUGGCUGCCCGUGCCGACUUGAGCAAGGACCGAGUCAAAGAGGAGUAUGAGCGCGGCUACAAGGUUCUCCUGGGCUUCUUUGGCAAACACCUGUAG